AUGACAACUAAGACUAUUGCAGUUGAAACAGGUAACAAUGCAACGGCACUGCCGUUCCGUUACCAGUUUGCUGCUGGGGCUAUUGCUGGCAUAUCAGAAAUUUUGGUAAUGUAUCCGCUUGAUGUAGUCAAGACACGGAUCCAACUUCAGCAUGGCAAAGUCAUUGAUGGUGAAGGGUACAACGGUGUCUUGGACUGCUUCAAAAAGAUUAUCAGGAACGAGGGCGUGUUGAGAUUAUAUCGCGGUAUUACUGCGCCUAUAUUGAUGGAGGUACCCAAGCGUGCUAUCAAGUUCUCGGCGAACGAUACUUUCACACAGUUUUAUCAACACCUGUUCUCUACUCCGACAGUAACCCAACCUCUCGCAAUCCUCACAGGUGCCAGCGCCGGCGCAACAGAAUCCCUCGUAGUUGUUCCUUUCGAGCUACUCAAGAUUCGACUACAAGACAAGACCUCUGCAUCACGAUAUAACGGCCUCCUCGACUGUCUCGUCAAAGUAGUUCGCCAAGAGGGGCCAUUGGCACUAUACAACGGUUUCGAAGCCACGUUAUGGCGGCACAUUGUAUGGAACGCCGGGUAUUUUGGCUGCAUUUUCCAAGUGCGGGCUCAGCUACCCGCUCCAGCGACAUCGAGCAACCCGAGAAGACAGAAAAUGGGAAACGAUCUCAUCGCCGGUUCUGGUAUUUCCCUUGAGCCGACAAUGACAUAUCACACGCUCACGCUCAACUGGCCUUGUCCUUUCAGUGAAUUCAUCGAUGUUCUGUUCCGGCACUGCAAAGGCCACGCGCAGAAUGCGAUGAACCGGAUGAAGAGCAAUGAGCAACAAAACACCAACGAUCAGCAAGAGUUCCGUCACAACUCGAUGGACGAGAACCAAACAUCACGACCAUCUGCAUCACGAACCGCGAACGGCCCGACUCCAGGACCAACGCCAUUAAUCCGUGAAGAUUCCAACUUCUCGCCUAUGUCUAGGAGAAGAGAAUCCCAAAUACCGCAAAUCAACGUGAAUGAUCAGUACAACGCGCAUAUUUCUCCGCAGACUCAUGCCCGGCAACCUCCAUCGCGAUUGCAGCCGCCGUCACCCGGUGAGGACCGAAUAGAAGCGCUUAUCAACGCGGCACAGCAUCUCGAACCCGGAACCGACACGCCAUGGCGAUCGCCAUCACCUAUGAUCAUUGCGCGUGCAGAACAUGCUCAGAUGUCCAAUCGAAAUCCUCACGAAAGUAUGGGUCCACCGAUCGACCCGGCUAUGGAGGCCCUCAUAUUCUCACCAGCCGGACAUGUAUCGAGUUUGGACCAGUGGGCUUUUGAGCUCGUUCAAAGCAACAACCCAGUUCCCAACCGUACUCCUGCAGACGCCUUACAAACAUGGCUGUUUCCGCUCGAAGGUGAUAUGAAUACUCCUCAUGGAUCACACCACCUGGGCGUAGACGGCUUUUUCGACCAUGAGGCGUUUCGAACAGUCCCAGAAAAUCAAGCUAGUCCAUCGGGUAGCAGUGUUUCAAUAGCAAGCAGAGUCCCACGAGAACGGUUUCAGCGAGUCCAAAGUUGCUGGCCGUCCAGGAAUCGCAAAUCAACGCGGCUGAUGCCAGACCUAUGGCAGAAUCUAGUGGCGUGCGAAUGCACCAACAUACUCUCAGAAGUUGGCUCUGGAGCUAUGGAAACUCCAAUGAGCGAAAGAGAACGGCGGAACUCGCGUUGGGGACUGGACGAAGAGUGCAGGAGCAGGCUCCAAAGCACGCUGAACAAUUUACCAUCAUCCGGACCGCCACGGUCAGAAUCCUAUGGCGACACUGCGUCGUCGAGCGGCGAUGCAGCAGGAAGUCCAAGUAUCGAGGGUGUGCAGUUCCCACCUGCUGAAAUCUUGGAUAUCGCAUUGGAGAUGUAUCUCUAUUACUUUCAUCCUACCCUUCCAAUCAUCCAUAUUCCUACUUUCUCGGCAAAGAAUGCGCCCCGGCCACUGCUACUUUGUAUGUGUCUUAUUGGACUAAGCAUCCUUGGCACGGCAGGUGCAGCAAAGUUUGUUACACGCACAUUUCCUGCUGUGUUACAACUUGCGUUGGCGGAACUGCAAUCAUUACCGACAACAGACCAUCCGCCGCAUAGGCAAAUGCGGAUAAUUGCCACUAGCUUGCUUGCGCUUAAUUUGGCAUCGAUCACAGGACGAAAGAGCCGUAUUGCACAAGCAGAGAAGAUGUAUGCAGAGCUCAUCGAGUUUUCGCAAAGUCAGGGGCUUUUCUCCGCUAAUGAGGGUGUAAAGAUCGACCCUCUUCUCGACGAGAUGAUCGAUAUCGACUCCAAGUGGAAGGCUUGGUCCAAGGUUGAAUGCAGCAAACGUAUCAUCUUUGGUCUCAUAGAAGCAGAUUGCUGGUGGGCAGGCUAUCUAUCAACUUCGCCAAUGAUCCGCCCCGAAACAGUACAAAUUUUGCCACCCUCGGACUACUCCCUAUAUCACGUCAACAGCGCAGCGAAAUGGUUUAAUCUUGUACAGCGUGGCGCAAGAAUUCACUCGCAGAAGAUAACACCGUCAUUCCAUCCGACCCCGGGACGGAAACUCGAUGCAUCAAGCUUUCGCUCACUAUUGACCCUUCUCCUCCUACGCAUCUACGAGAGCAACGAUAGGCUUGCUCAAGCGACAGGAAAUCAAAAGCAGCUACAGCCCUGGCGCAUAUACGCUGAAGAUGCUCGUAGUCGAGACAUCCUGCCGCUGUUGGUGAACCUCUCCAGUUCUUCGAUCGACGCACUUCGAACAGCGGACUUGAACUCCGCUGUCCUUUGGCACGCCUCUUGCAUGGUGCUUGGAGCAAACAUACGCUACUUCGAACUCGCAGCUGGACGCUCCGGUCCCGAGCCUGCCGUCAACGCUCUGGAAGACAUCUCAGUAUGGUGUCAAACACCAAGCGCAAGAAGGAGCGUGCUGCACGCCGCCCACAUCUACAAACUACUCUUCGACCGAAAAGUUAGUGAUAUCGUCAACCCACACAGCGUGGUCGCUCUGUUCCACGCUGCCCUCGUCCUAGGCUUAUACAUCUUCGCCCUUCCUCCAACGCCCAAUUGUCCUAUCAACGACUCGUGCAUCGAGCUUCUCGAUCUCGUAGACUGGAUAUCUGUUGGCCAGCUUGGUUUUAUCGAUACGCCGCAAUCACCUGUGGCAUUCGGCGACACCUCGCAAGUCGUGAAGUUCAUACACCACGGUGGGAGCUUUAGUAUAACUGGUAUCACACUCGAGGGCGGAUAUCUCGCGGCUCGCCGCACCUUGUUACAUUGUGCAGAUCUCAUGGAGGGCAUGGGUCGCUGGAAGAGCAGAACAUUCAGUCAGAUACUACACAUCAUGAGCGAUGAUCUGACAGACUAUGAGGGUCAUGAUAAUGAUGAUGGGGAGGAUGAGGUAGAUGGCGGUGGGGAAGAAGGGGAGAGGAAUACGAGGUGA